AUGAGUAAAGGCCAAGUUAUCAUUGUCGGUGCCGGCGUCUUGGGCCUCAGCUGUGCGGUACAGCUAUCUCGAUCCGGUCACAAUGUGACAGUGAUUGCUCGAGAUCUUCCUGGCGACUCACAUAUCGACUAUGCUUCCCCAUGGGCCGGUGCCCACUUCCGGCCCUCCCUCGCAAAAUCGCCAGCUGAGCAACUCGAACAACAACUUAUGCGGGAUACAUACAGCGAACUUGAAAUGUUGGCCAAGGAGCAUCCUGAGUCCGGGGUUAAGAUUGUUCCGGCGAUUGAAUACUUUGACUCUGCUGAUACGAACUCCUUCCUGGCCAAGGAGAAUGGCUACAUCGACUGGCCCGAUUUUCGGAUCCUAAAGUCGGAUGAAUACCCUGCCCAUCAUGAGGGCAUACAAUUGGGUGUUACCUACCGCAGCUGGGUCUUGAAUUCUCCUGUCUACUUGCAGUGGUGCCGGAAGCAGGCUGAAGAGAAGGGUGUCGAGUUCGUCCGGGCGAAUAUCAGAUCCUUAGACGAAGCAGUCGCUAUUUUCCAACAGAAAGGUCAAGGAAAUCGUGAAAGCGAUAUUCGGGCUGUCAUCAAUGCAACAGGUCGUGGAUUUAAUGAUCCCGACUCCUUUCCAUCUCGUGGCCAGUUCAUCAUUGUAUCCAAUCAGUGCGAUAAGACGAUCAGCCACCACUGGGCAGAUGGCUCGUCGACUGUGAUCAUUCCCCGACCCCUGGGUGGCGGUACUGUUAUUGGAGGGACAAAGGAGCCUAACAAUUGGUCUGAGGACAUAUCUGAUACUGCCACUGAAACAAUUCUCAAAAGAGUUGCAGGCAUCUGCCCUGAGCUAAUUAAGAAGGAGAACCCUGUUGCUGGUAGUAAUUAUGGAUUCGACAUUCGUCAGGUCUAUAUUGCUCGUCGCCCUAUGCGACGAGGCGGUUUGCGCCUGGAAAAGGAGAUUUUGAGCCAGGGCAUUCCGUUGGUCCACUGUUACGGUGCUGGCGCUAGUGGCUUCAAAAUAAGUUGGGGCGUGGCCAAACAAGUCGAGCUCCUUGUUGCUAAUACUCAGCUACUUUUGAAUGAUCCCCUGGAGGCGUCAUGA